GGUGCCAGAGCCCCGCGGCUGCCUCGCGCCGGCGGCCGCCCCGCGGACCCCGAGCCCGGCCGCGCGAGCUGAGACGGCGGGCGCCCCGCCCCGGGCCUCCAUUGUUGCGGCGGCCGCGGCUGUGCCGGCCGCCGGUUCCGUUCCGCGGGGCCCGGGCGCCGGCGGCGAGGAGCGAGCGCUGCCGAGGCGGCGGCCUGAGCCAUGGAGGAGCUAAUAGUUGAACUGCGUCUCUUCCUGGAGCUCCUGGACCACGAAUACCUAACGUCCACUGUCCGGGAGAAGAAGGCGGUGAUCACAGACAUCCUGCUCAGGGUACAGGCCUCCAGAGGUUCUGAAGGCAGAGACCACGCUCCGAAGCAGGAGGCCCCCAGCAGCCUGCCGGCGCCGCCCCAGAUGCCGCUGCCGGAGAUCCCGCAGCCCUGGCUGCCCCCCGACAGCGGGCCGCCCCCGCUGCCCACGGCCUCGCUCCCGGAGGGCUACUACGAGGAGGCCGUACCGCUGAGCCCGGGGAAAGCGCCGGAAUACAUCACGUCCAAUUACGACUCGGAUGCCAUGAGUAGCUCUUACGAGUCGUACGACGAGGAGGAGGAGGACGGCAAGGGGAAGAAGACGCGUCACCAGUGGCCCUCGGAGGAGGCCUCCAUGGACCUGGUGAAGGACGCCAAGAUCUGCGCCUUCCUGCUGCGCAAGAAGCGCUUCGGCCAGUGGACCAAGCUGCUCUGCGUCAUCAAAGACACCAAACUGCUGUGCUACAAGACCUCCAAGGACCAGCAGCCGCAGAUGGAGCUGCCCCUGCCCGGCUGCAGCGUCGCCUACAUCCCCAAGGACGGCAAGAAGAAGCAGCACGAGCUGAAGAUCACCCCGCAGGGCACCGACCCCCUGGUCCUCGCCGUGCAGAGCCAGGAGCAGGCCGAGCAGUGGCUGAAGGUGAUCCGUGAGGUGUACAGCGGCGGUGGCGGGCCCGCGGAUGCCGAGUGUCCCCCGCCGCCAGGCUCCCCGGUGCACAAGGCAGAGCUGGAGAAGAAGCUGUCCUCGGAGAGGCCGAGCUCGGACGGGGAGGGCGUCCCGGAGAACGGAGUCACCAUGUGCAACGGGAAAGAGCAGGUCAAGAGGAAAAAAAGUUCCAAACCAGAGGGCAAGGGCACCGUGACUAAAGUCACCGGGAAGAAAAUCACCAAGAUCAUCGGCCUGGGGAAGAAAAAGCCAUCCACCGACGAGCAGACCUCCUCCGCCGAGGAGGACGUGCCCACCUGCGGCCACCUGAACGUGCUCUCCAACAACCGCUGGCGGGAGCGCUGGUGCAGGGUCAAGGACAACAAGCUCAUCCUGCACAAGGACAGGACCGACCUGAAGACCCACCUCGUGUCCAUCCCCCUCCGAGGCUGCGAGGUGAUCCCGGGGCUGGACUCCAGGCACCCGCUGACCUUCCGGCUGCUCCGCAACGGGCAGGAGGUGGCCGUGCUGGAGGCGGCGUCCUCGGAAGACAUGGGCCGGUGGAUCGGGGUCCUGCUGGCGGAGACGGGGUCCUCCACCGACCCCGGCGCGCUGCACUACGACUACAUCGACGUGGAGAUGUCGGCCAACAUCAUCCAGACGGCCAAGCAGACCUUCUGCUUCAUGAACAGACGUGUCGUCUCCACCAACCCCUACCUCGGGGGCACCCCCAACGGCUACGCCCACCCCAGCGGGACGGCGCUGCACUACGACGACGCCCCCUGCGUGAACGGCGCGUGGGACCCGGACGGCAGAGGCCCGGGAGGAGCGGCGCUGUACGAUAACGCGGCGCUGUACGAUAACUUGCCGUCGCCGGAAAUCUUUGCGCGCUGCCCGCCGGCCGACAGGAGGGCUGCUAGGCCGCCUGCCGACACCCUGCCCUGUAACCAUUACAAGCGGCCCACGGCCCGCGGGCUGCCUCCCGCCCCGUCUGUCACUAACACCUCUUCUGUGGGGAGGGCGUCUCUCGGGCUCGGCUCCCAGCUGAAGAGCAGAAAGCCCCCGCUCGCAGCCAGCGGGGCCGCGGGCAGAGGCAAGCCCCCGAGCGGCCAGCCCAAGAAGGCCGAGCCGGCCGCCGGCGUGAGGCGCACGCCUUCCAACGCUGACCAGUACAGGUACGGCAAGAACAGGGUGGAGGCGGACGCCAGGCGGCUGCAGAGCCAGGAGGAGGAGCUGCUGCGGCGGAAGGAAGCCCUGCGGACCAGGCUGGCCCAGCUCCGGAAGGAGAGGGGGGACCUGCGGGCCGCCAUCGAGGCGAACGCUGGCAGGAAGGCGCAGCUGGCCCUGGAGGAGAAGCUGAAGGCGCUGGAGGAGGAGUGCCGGCGGAAGGAGGCGGAGCGCGUCAGCCUGGAGCUGGAGCUCACCGAGGUCACCGAGAGCCUGCGCAAGGCCCGGGCGGGCGGCGUCACCCUGGGGCUGGCCAUCGAGCCCCGUUCGGGGACCUCGAGUCCACAGUCCCCAGUGCUCCGGCCGCGGACCCUGGAGAGCUCGCCGCUGUCCAGCUGCGAGACCAGCGACGCCGAGGGCCCGGUGCCCGUGAACAGCGCCGCCGCCCUGAGGACGAGCCGGCCGGCCGGCAGUUCCCCCUGCCGGGGCCACGUGCUCCGCAAGGCCAAGGAGUGGGAGCUGAAGAACGGGACGUAGACACGGACGUCAGGAGAGGCCGCGGCGGAGCAGGCCCGCCGCCCGACGCGUAUUUUCUACUGUACGGGCCGCCCGUAAAGCUGUGCUGGCCGCCGCUCCCACGUGGUUUGUUCAGGGCGGCGGGGGGAGGCCGCGGGAGACUGUCCUCGCCAGGGCCACAGCUCCCCAGUGCCAGCCGCCGCCCCAGGGGUCUGUGUCCCCGUCCCGCCCCGCCCCGCCCCCGCCCGGAAGGUGAGGCGCUCCCCUGAGCUGGACGGCUUUCUAACGCUCACAUCCUCUGUGAUCACUUCGCCCCCGGCUCCCGGAGGCCCCUCCCGAUGGGAGGGCGUCACUGCUUUGGAAAGGCUGCGAGGGUUAGGGAUGCUUCGCCCUGUGUCCUCCUUCCAGUACCCUUCACCCCUCCCUCCCUCCCCCAUGGGCGGCCCUGGAGAGCUGGCAGCCUGGCGGGCGCACGGCUGUCCUCUCUUCCUGAUGUCGCUGGUGGGGGUGCUGGAGCCAUGGACAGAGCUUCUAGCCGCCCAACUCCCCCUGCCCCCCGUUUGCAAAUCUAAGAUGUGGCUGCGUCCGGGGACCUCGGCUCGCCCCUCCCGGGCCCGUGGGCCUCGCAGGGCCUCCUCCUCACCGCCGGCUGCCUCCGUGGAGUCCCUGGGCGACCCGCUGGGGCCCGGGGACAGAGCCGGCCCCGCGCAGCCGCGCAGGCCCCCGUCCCAGGCCUCAGCGCUGGGCACCCGGCCCCACGGUGCUUCAGGCCGGGCGGGCGGUGAGGCGCUGGGAGCUGCGUGCCUGGCUCCACCACAGCCCCUGCCCGGACGUGUGUGAGGCGGUCGGCCUGGCCUGCCCCGCGGCUCCGCACUCACAGGAUGGCGGGACGCUCACCCCCUGCACUCACCGGUGACCCGGGAGGGCCGGCGCUGUGGGCGCACGCAGCUCCCUUCCCGAGGGGGAUGCUCGACCCCCGUGGCCUGCGCCUUCGGGUCCAGAGGCUCCCAGCCAAGCGUGGCCUCACGUGGUCUCUGGGCUGGGCAGCCGCCUUGCCCAAGAGAGCCGCCAGGUCCGACACGCCGGGGCCGGCUGCCACGUUCCUGUCCGCACCGGCGGUGCCAGCACCUCGGCCUGAGCAUGGCCGGUCCAGCCUUCGGGCUCCUGGCCGCCAGGGGCGGUGCUGACACAGCCGGCCUGUAAGGGGGGGACUUGUCCGCUGGGGUCUGCGGGUCUCCCGUGUCCGGAUGUGGUCAGAGCCAGUAGUUAUUUAUUUGUACAUGUUCAGAGCGUAGUCCUAACUUAUAUCUGUACAUAGCAGACACGGCUCCUGUCCGGGGCGGAGACCGGGGUCCUGACAGCAUGAGAGGGCGGGGGGCGGGGCUGCCCUCAUGGUCGGCCCCGCCUGCCGGACCUGAGGCCCCGUCAGCCUCAGAGGCCCGCCCCCCCACGCUGACACGUUUACGAUGUUUCACUCUCACCCCCGUGCCCCGAGCACAGUGACCCUCAGGUGCAGGCCACGUCCUCUCUGCCCAGAGUGCCAGGUGGGUGCCGCCUAGCCCUGGCUUCAGCUGGGGUGGGGCUCCUGGCACGGCUCCCCCCACCUCUCCCAGCUCUUCUCUCUGGGCGACCCCGUGACCUCAGAUACCAUGGUGCACAGCCAGCCCCGCCCUGACAAGGCUGUUUGUGCACCGGGUCACGUGACAGGAGCCCGGGUGGGCUGACCACACCAGCAGGCCUGCGGGGACGCGACCGGGCGGCCCCCGGGCUCAGCAGCAGCGACACGCACAGCUUGCCUUCUCUUUUCUAACGCAGUUUGUACAGGACACUUAAUUCCGAUCGCGCACAUUUUUAAAGAGGGCGUUUAUUAUUGUUGUUAUUACUGUUAUUUGUUACUUGUUCCUGCUGUCACGCUGUCUGGCGGGCUGCGUUAUACUGUGAAAUGAACUGAAGGUGAACUGCCCCUCCGUGCCCCACACCCCGCACGGCUCCACGAGGGAGGCGGAGCCGCCGGCCACGGGCAUGUGGUGUGGGCACAGGGGUUCCCCGGGCCCCCAGCCUCGCCGAUGCCUUCAAAGCGGCUCGCCGCUCCCAGUUCUCGGACCAAAGCAGCUUUCCAUGCCACGCUCCUCCGGCUGGAUUCGCCCCCGGGAGGGCUGUAACCACACCAGCCUUUCCCGGGCCUCCCGCUCAGAAUGGAGCCUCCUCACUGUGCCUGACACUCCGGCCUGGAAGGCCCUGAGGGGCCCGGGCCUUGGGCCGCCGGUUAGAUGCCUGUACACAGGCGUCACUGUUCUCGGUGUAUUUAAUUCACGGUGAGAGGUUUGUCAGGGGAACUCGCCUGGGAACAUGGGUUCCCGUUCGCCCCUUUUGUAGUCGCCUCACUUGGUUCUCGCUGAGGGACCGCCCCAUUCCCGCAGCCCCAGACGGGCGCCUGUGGCGCGACCCAGCCGUGUGCUGUCAAUAAAGCCAUCUUCCAGCCC